UUUAAUUAUUGUAUCUAUUUCUGCAAAUUGUGUUUCCUCCUUACUUCAUGCUAUAAUGCCUAAUUAUUAUAAUUUUAGAAAAACUGAUUUGAUUAAUAUUACAGUUUUACAAUAUUUAAUUUCUUCUUCUGUCCUUCAAUAAAAUUUUCUCUGGACAAAAGCAUUUACUUCGGUUCAUUUUAAUAAAAUGGCUGCAAUCCUCUCUCAAAACAGUUCGACUGGUUUCUAUAAAGCUCCUGUAUCCAAAGGUAUUCUUGGAUGCAUGUUUUUAACAUCUUGCGCCUUAAAUGUGCCUCUUCUUGCUCAUAUAAAACAAUAUGUUAUGUAUAACAUACCCAGUAUAUUUCAAAAAUUAGAGGUAUGGAGAGUGAUUACAUCUAAGUUAACCUUCUUAGAAACCAAAGACUUAGUGUGUGGUUGUUUAUUGAUAUAUUAUUUUAGGAUUUUUGAAAGGAGAUAUGGCUCACAUAAAUUUGCGUCUUAUUUAUUAGCUGCAUGUACUGUUUCUACUAUUCUGGAAUUAUCAUUUGUGUAUUUGCUUAAUCACUUGGAUGUGCAGAUCACAUUUCUUCCUACUGGACCGUAUGGGCUCAUUUUUCCUUUAUUUGCAAAUUAUUUUAUGGACAUUCCAAGAGUUGCACAAUCAUAUAUUCUGGGAGUCCCAGUAACAGGAAAAACACUAACUUAUUUGGUAGGACUCCAGAUUAUAAGUAGUAACAAGGAAUCCAUGAUUGCUGGUAUUUGUUCUCUACUUGCCGGAGUGAUUUGUCGCUGGAAUUUUCUACAUGUUUUAGAUAUUAUUAAAGUACCCAAAUUCAUUGCAAAAUGCUUUGGAGCCUGCCUUGGUUGGAUUCUUGAUUCAUCUCCUCCAGUUGAGAAUUCUGUACCCAUGGGUGCUACUUUGGAAAUUCAAAGACAGCAGCAAUUAGAUUUGAUGGAGCAACAGCUUCUGCUUUCAAGAGCUAGAGAGUCAAGAGGAGGUAAUUCGGGGCGAUUUCAUAAUCGACAACAAAUGGCCCAAGGGUAUGCUGAAAGACUAGUCCCACCAGCUAAUGAUGGAGGUCUCUUUGGUAGUUUUCACAAUCAGAAUAUUUGGAAUAACACUUUUAGUCCAACAUCCUUGCUAAGAAGGAAUCGGCAACGAGAAACAGACAGUUCUGCUGAUUCUGCAGAAAUGGCUAAUGGUAUAAAUCAAAAUCACAUUGAUGCAUCCACACCUGUUCAAGAGGAUCAAGUGAAAACACUUGUUGAAAUGGGAUUUGAACGGCAAAAUGUUGUUCGUGCCCUCCAGUCAUGCAACAAUGACAUCAACAUGGCCACUGUGAUUCUUUUGAAUGAAAGCUGAAAAACUGUUUUUCUUAUGAAAACUGGAUUUUUUAAGUUGUGAUCUUAGCUGUUAAGUUUUACACUGUUUUUAAUGAUUUUCUAAUGUUGGAAAUAAAGCAUUAUUUCUCGUCGAGCCUUCUCCUUUUUGGGGUUGGCAGUGUAAAACUAACAAAUUUUAUUUUAUUAUUUAUAAAUAAGCAAGUUCAGUUCAUAAGAUGAAGCACUGGACUUAAAUUGAUUGAUGAAGUUUUGCUGCAAGCUGCAUUUUUUGAAAGUGCAUUUGUAUUUAAAUGUGACUUAAACCUUACAGAGUACAAAUAACUUUUGUACAGAAUAUAAAUGUGUACACCUUAUUCACCGAAAGUAAGAAAUUUCUGAUUAUUGAAAGGCUGAAGUUUACCUUUUCGUAUUGCAUAAUAUAUUGCAAAGCGUUGCAAGUAGAGGUUUCUUAUUUUAAAAGUAUUAUAUUUCUUCAAAACCAUUGUGUAAUAGUAACUGCAUGGUAUUUAUCAAUUCUUGAAUGUCUGAUUAAUAAUGGAACCUUUUUCUAUUGGAGCUAUUGUAAAAAUAAACUUUAAUUUUUCAGCAUCUUUAAACUAAAUACCAUGAUAAUAAGAGUCGUUUUUAUUUUUAAAAAAAAUUAUGUUUCUGAUACUAAGUUAAUUUCCAAACUGUUUUCUAUGUAAUGUGAUAAUGUUAAUUAUUGUACUUUUGCAAUGUAAAUUUCUAUUUAUUUAUAUAUUUUAUUUUUAGUUGUGAACUGUUAUUCUAAGAAAUUUAUUGUAAUUCUUUGUGUUUAGUGUAAAAAGAGUAUUACCAGAUUAAAAGAAAUUUAGUAAAUACUUUGGUAAAAACUUUCAAAAAUAUAUUCGUGGUAUUAUUUUCUUCAAUAAAUUGCAGAUACUAAGAAGAUAAUGUCAUAAAUGUUAUACAUCUCAUUUAUGUAUUAUUUGAUUUUUUCCCCCAUUGAAUUAUACAUGAACUUAUAUUAUUCUGAACGUAAUCUUAAUUAUUUUGUGAUGAAAAAAAAUAUUGUUAUUCCAAAUUUAAAAAUAAUGAAAAUUUUAUUUUUUUAAAUUAUCAAAAGCCUCAUGUAUUGAAUAAGUGCUUCUAAAAAUUUUAAUUGUUAAAUAGCUUAUAGAUCUUAUUUUGUGCAUAUUUGAUUGAAUGAUUUUUAAUUUAAUAUUAGGUAUAGAAAACACAACAAUAUAUUUUUAAAUUAAUCAUACUUUCAUUCAAUUUUAUUUUCUGCAUUUUUCUAGGAUUGUUUACAAAGUGCUACUUUGCUAUAUUGCUUUAAAAAAUCAGAUAAAAAUUUUAUUUAUUACGAAGUGUUAACAAAUAAGCUAAAAGAAUUUCAUUUCAGCUUGAUUUUGAAAUAGAAAGAGGGAAAAAAACAAAAACAAAAAAGAUUGAUAAAAGUGUACAUUUUAAUGGAUUAAUAUUUGCUCUUAUUUUUCAUGAUAGGCAGAAAUAUGUAUAAGAUCAAUAGUCGUAUUUGUUAAUAUUACUCUUAUCAUUUAAAAUACUGUGUAUGUUAAAUAUCUUCACAUUCAAUAUAAGAGCAUAUUUUUUAUGUCUGUGCCAUGUGUGAGUGAUACUGAGGCUUUCAUAUUUUUGCCAAAGUAUAUUAUGUUGUGUGAUUCAAGAAAAAUAUUGAAUAAUAAAAGAAUACUUUUAUCACUGUA